CGCGGUGGCUGCCCAAGCGCAUUCAUUGCCAUGGUCGCUGCUCACAUAACAUUUCCCAGUCAUUAAGGAGACGCCGCGGCGACCGCACGCACACACGACAAAAUAAAAACAGUGAUAACGGUAGCAAUUUGCAAUUGUUUUGUGUUUGUGUUUGGAGAAAAGGAUAUUGCACAUAUAUCGUCAGAAAUAUCUUCAACCUUCUUAAUAUUACGUGAUACAAGAUGAAUAAACUCACGAUAUUGUUCGGCAUGCUGUUGUGCCUUGCGGUGGCUAAUGCGCGUCAUUACGGCGACCGCAGCGAAUCAGAAAGGACUGACGACGAAGAAACUCAAGGGCUGAGGCAGGAAAUGGACCACACAAGCCACCGACACCGAAGAAGGAGAUGGCAAUCUAGCGGAGGAUAUGAUUACCAACCCUCCCGAUACGACUAUCGAAAUGACAGAAGGGAUUACUACAGAGACCAACAAGAUUUAAUCCCGCAAAUAUAUAGAAUGCUUGAUGAAAUAUCUACUUAUAUAAGACGGCAGCAAGUACAACCGCCGCCGCCACCUCCACAACCAAUAUACAUUCCCUAUCCGGUGCCAUACUUCGUACCAAAAGUAGUUGUUUGCAAGACCCCGGUAAAAUCUCCCAAUGUAACAAGUAGGUUCCCAGCAAUGGAAGAUACUAAUCAGAAUUGGGGUUUCGUCGCAUCGACUGAGAAUAUGAACGACGAUUAUGACGACACCGAUGGCGCCAGACCGAUCAGUUUUGAUCCAAUCAGGCCGAAACAGCAAAUGAAGAGGCCAGCACCCUCAGUGGAACAUGGUAGCAGUCAAUCCAAAACUCCAGUAACGACGCAAGCGCCGUUUUUGGGCCAAGGUCGAACAUCGGAUAUGUCGUGCUUCGCCGCAACCCUUACCUGCUGUGGAAACUCCGACCAAGCUUCUCAAAAGCAGUGCUUCAUAAACAUAGGCUGUGCCGCCAAAUACGAUAGCAAAAUGUGCAGUUCUGAUGCUAUAACGGAGGCAUUGGAAAACUUCAAAAGAUCAUACGCACCAGUCAAUUAAGUAUGAAUAUUAAUUAAGCGUUUGUGUACAUUAUAGAUAUAUCGUAUUUAAUUGAGGGAUAAUCCACCGAACCUGUAAAGUCGUUUUAGAAUGACGAUAUGACGUGGGUGAAUUACUUGAACCAGAUAAUGCUGUAUCAGCAAUUCUAUUGUAUUGAUUGCAUCGGUCUUUUAUAAGAAGAAAUUAUUUAAAUAUUAAAAGUUGCCAAAUAAUCAAUUAAUAAUAUCGUCACAGGUGUGUCUAAAAGCAUCCAUAUUUUCCAUAUUAUAUUUUAACAUGUGAACAGAAUAUAAAAUAAUGUGUGUACAAAACGACAAACAAUAAUAAUGCAAGUAUUGACCUAAUCAGUUUUAUGUACUUACAUACCUAUUAUGAAUUAUAAUGAAUCACAACAGAUGAGUUCAUAAUUAGUGCAUUAUUUUAUUAUUUAUACUUUAUUUAUGGGCCAAAAUAAUGUGUUAACUUAUCUGAGUAUAUUAAUAUUGUUUAUUCAAAUACAAAGUUCUUGUUUCAUCGUGGCAGAAUUCUUGGGUUCGAAUACCUUGAUUAAUCUUUUCUAAUUAACAUCAGUUUAUCUGGAUUUAAUUCCAAUUUUGGCUUGAUGAUCAAAGAUGGUUUAUAAAUUUAGCCUAUUUGCCUUACAUACGUAAGAAGCCGUAUUAUAACGUGGUAUUAAUUUAUGGGGUAUUACACCUUCCUACAUCGACGUGGGAAGAAAUCAGAGGUUGAAACAGAAGAAUCAAGCCUCAUUUAGGCGGAGCAAUUAUUACUAGCAAUAAUUGUCCGCAAUUAUUUCUAGCAAUCAUAAUAUGAAUAUCCGUAAGACUUGUAUACAUCAAUGCGGAAGGAAAUUGUUUUCCCAUUGCACCUAUUCAGAUAGGAUAACUUUUUUGUACAAUUAUUGUGUACGAUUAUUGUUAGCAGUAAUUGUUCUAGCUAAAUGAGGCAUCACUAUACGGUUUAUAUUAUGUUUCAUUGUGAAUGUAGAGGUAUGUGACACAUAAGCCGUCACGUGGUUGAAGAAAUCGAGUUGGACCGGUAUAAACAUUUUAUUACACGGUUUAGACAUCUUGAGGCACCGAUAUUAUAUUAUUCUAGUUUUGAACAUGUGUAAACUUAAAUGAUAUUCUAAUAGGAACUUAACAGAGCAAACUUUAUUAAGUUAAGUAUUUUGUUGCCAUAUUCCUACUAAUUCUUAUUUACUUAGUUAAGACUAAGGUGACAGAAGUAUAUAGAAACUUAUUUUCUAUCAAUGUGUUAACUGUUUUUAAAUUAAAGUAAUAUCAAUAUAUUUUUUAUAUUACUGUAAGUGCAUACUCUAUUAUUACGUUUUACCUAUCUAUGUAUAAUUUUACAAAUUGUGCAAUAUUAAAUGGAUUCAUGUGUAACAGAUGCAAGUAUUAAUUAAGAAUUUUAAAUUAUAAGUACAUUUUAUUUAUAUCUUAUAAAGAACAAGGAAAUGCCAGAAGAGCAGUGGCGAAAGGUUAAAUUUUGCCGAAAAGAAACCCGACACUAUUGCUACUAAUAUGAAUGAAUGCGAACUGCUAAUCUUUGUAAUGAUAAUGAUGUAAUGAUUCUUCAUAAAGGGAAACCGGUAGAAUCGGGUGAUAUGGAACCAUCGCCACUGCAGAAGAACGAUAUUAGCAUUUAUUUCUAAAAUAAGCAUAAUAGUAAGUGCUACUGGCAGCUUGAAAUCUUAACUGUCUAGUCUAAAUGUUAAUAAAACAUGCCUAAAC